AUGUCCCAUCCAAACCCCCAUGAACGAAUUCAAGUCGAUACAAGCGACGAUGAUUCACUCUUCGAUUCCCAAUCCCUCGUGGACUCCAACCUCUCCUUUGCCUCCUCCGUGACCGACUACUGCUACGAAAACGGCCGCCGCUACCACGCCUACCGCCACGGCCAAUAUCCAAUCCCAAACGACCAAGAAGAACAAGAACGUCUAGGCCUCGUGCACCACCUCUUCAAGCUAAUAACCGGCGGUGACCUCUACCGCGCCCCGAUCCGACCCCGCGACGACCGCCCCACUCCGCCCCCGCGCCGCAUUCUCGACAUAGGCACGGGAACCGCCGAAUGGGCCAUCGAAAUGGCUGAGGAUUUUCCCAACGCCGAAAUAAUCGGUACCGACCUCAGCCCCAUUCAGCCAAGCUGGGCCCCCUCGAAUUGCCGUUUCUAUAUCGAUGAUGCGGAGAGUGAUUGGACUUAUGCGCCGGGGGAGGCGUUUGAUUAUAUUCAUAUGAGGUGUUUGGGCGGCGGUAUUGGCGAUUGGCCGCGAUUGUUGAAGCAGGCGUAUCAGCAUGUACGGCCUGGUGGGUGGGUGGAGGUGCAGGAGUUUGAGGCUAGUUUGGGUUCGGAUGAUGAGACGCAUCUCCUUGCUCCGACGGUCAUGCAUUGGUUGGAGAUGAUUAAUGGGGCGAGUAAGCAGUUUGGGAAAGAAAUGAAUAUUGCUGAGCGAGUUCGUCCGCGGAUGGAGAAUGAGGGGUUUAUCAAUGUGUCGGACGAUAUCUAUAAGUGCCCUGUUGGAGGAUGGGCCAAGGACCGCCAACUCAAGAAAAUCGGUCGCAUUGGAAAAGUACUUGUUCUAAAGGUGGUGGAACCGUAUUCCCUCGCGCUGUUUACACGAGUUCUUGGGUAUACCUUUCAAGAGGCGCAGGGAAUUAUGGAUAAAGUGCGAGCCGAGAUGAUGAACUCCAAGGUUCAUAUGUACUUCUUCUUCCACUUUGUGUAUGGGCAGAGGCCCAUGGAGACGAAUGGUCAGACUGCGACGUGA